UAGAGUUUUAGAUGGAACAUCGUAAGUGUCUUUGACUACUUUUUAACUUGGAUCCAAAGCACAGAGAGAUCAGCUUGGAUGAUUGGAAUCUCCAAUGUUUCUGUAAAGUUGCCUCCUUUAUGUGCAUAUAUUUAUGCUAUACGCUAUCUAGUUUCCACAGGUUACUGUUCAACUGUUCAUGUCAUGAAGUGGUUUUUAUGGUGUUAUCAUCACACUUCUAUUCGCCAUAUGUCUUUAGGAUCUUGUUGGUGGAAUAAGGUUUUGGGGUACAGUCGAUUAGUACUAGUGUCUGGAGGUCUCACACAAGAAAACGGGAAAAAUAUCGCAUUCGACCCAUGGUAAAAUCUAGAAAAAGUUGAAAGAAGGGGAAGGAAAAGGAUUUGUUUGUUAAGACAUUGAAUAAUGUCCACAUAGUAUCCUCACUUGCUGCAUUGGGCAGCUGUAUUUUUCUCUGGGUUUUCUGCAGCAAGAUCGGAUUUUGAUGUUGAAGCUUGAGGAAAAAUUCGAUCUUGAGAUCCAAAUCAUGGAGGGGUUUAAGAGCAUAUUGUGAGGAAUUUGGGGGUUUUCGUCGGUUAGGCUUGUUUGUACUGUAGGAGAGGAGGGGCAAUGGCUCCAAGCUUGGUGUUUUCGGGGUGGUGGACGAGGGACACAAGGAAGGGCACGCCGGUGGUUGUGACAAUGGAGAACCCCAACUACUCGGUUCUUGAAAUCGAUGGUCCCGACCCCGAAGCAUUUGGAUCGAUGGAGAAGGACCGAGGGAAGAAUGCCAAGCAGUUCACCUGGGUCUUGCUCCUCAAGGCUCAUCGUGCCGUCGGCUGUGUAGCUUGGCUGGCCGCCGCCCUAUGGGCUCUGCUCGGCUCUGCCAAGAAGAGACUGCUUUUUUUCCGGCAGGGAGUCUCCUCGGCGCGCGGCAAGCGCGGCAAAGGCCGGUUGCUGUUCAAGUUCAUCAGGGGAUUCUUGGUGCUGUCAUUGGUAGCUCUGGCUUUCGAGCUCGUCGGUUAUUGGAAAGGAUGGCACUUCCAGAAGCCCGAUUUGCAUUUACCGGAGAGCUUACGCAUGCCGGAGACCAUAGAGAUCCAGGGGUGGACGCACAAGGCCUACCUCUCAUGGCUUUCUUUCCGAGCUGACUACAUUGCCUACCCAAUUCAGGUCUUGUCGAACAUAUGCAUUGUUCUGUUCAUCAUACAGUCGGUGGAUCGCUUUAUCUUGUGCCUCGGAUGCUUAUGGAUCAAGCUCAAGAAGAUCCAACCAAGGCUAGAUGCAGAUCCUUUCAAAGCUAAUGAUGGUUUGGAGCACCCUAUGGUCUUGGUUCAGAUUCCUAUGUGCAAUGAGAGGGAGGUGUACGAGCAAUCGAUUUCUGCUGCAUGCCAACUUGAUUGGCCCAAAGACCGUCUACUGAUUCAAGUGCUCGAUGACUCCGAUGAUGAAGCCAUCAAGCUUUUAAUCAGAGUGGAGGUCUCAAAGUGGAGCCAGCGGGGUGUCAACAUAGUCUAUCGGCAUCGGUUGGUCAGGACUGGUUAUAAAGCUGGAAAUCUUAAGUCUGCCAUGAGCUGCGACUAUGUUGAGAACUGCGAGUUUGUUGCUAUAUUCGAUGCUGACUUCCAACCACACCCUGAUUUUCUCAAGCAAACAAUUCCACAUUUCAUGGGAAAUCCUGAGCUGGGGCUAGUUCAGGCACGGUGGAGUUUUGUGAAUAAGAGCGAGAACUUGUUGACUCGUCUUCAGAACAUCAACCUCUGCUUCCAUUUCGAAGUGGAGCAGCAGGUGAAUGGCGUCUUCUUGAAUUUCUUUGGCUUUAAUGGGACUGCAGGUGUCUGGAGAAUCAAAGCUUUGGAGGACUCUGGAGGUUGGCUCGAGCGAACAACAGUAGAGGAUAUGGAUAUUGCCGUUCGUGCGCACCUCAAUGGCUGGAAAUUCAUCUUCUUGAAUGAUGUCAAGGUCUUAUGUGAAGUUCCAGAAUCUUAUGAGGCUUAUCGGAAGCAGCAGCACCGAUGGCAUUCCGGACCAAUGCAACUAUUCCGCCUGUGCCUUCCAUCUAUCAUAACUUCCAAGAUAUCCUUGUGGAAGAAAGCGAACUUGAUCCUCUUAUUUUUUCUCUUGAGGAAGCUUAUCCUUCCAUUCUAUUCGUUCGCAUUGUUCUGUGUCAUCCUCCCUCUAUCAAUGUUCGUUCCGGAGGCUGAGCUGCCUGUUUGGGUGAUAUGUUAUUUGCCUGUGUGUAUGUCCUUCCUCAACAUUCUUCCAGCCCCAAGCUCCUUUCCUUUCAUUGUCCCCUACCUCCUCUUUGAGAACACCAUGUCUGUAACCAAAUUCAAUGCUAUGGUCUCUGGAUUAUUCCAACUGGGGAGCUCAUACGAGUGGGUUGUUACUAAGAAAGCUGGGAGGUCAUCAGAAUCGGAUCUGUUGGCAGAAGCAGAGAGGGAAUCAAAGACCUUACAGCUCCAUAAAGGGUCUUCUGAGAGCGAAGUGAUGGAACCGAACAAAUUGAAGGAGCAGCAAGAGAAAUCUCCCUUUCCAGUUAAGAGGGUCCACAAGAUAUACAAGAAGGAGUUGGCUCUUGCUCUUCUCCUCCUUACUGCAGCAGCCCGGAGUUUUUUGUCUGCCCAGGGAAUUCACUUCUACUUUCUGCUCUGCCAAGGGGUGUCAUUCCUUCUUGUGGGUCUUGAUUUAACUGGGGAGCAGAUGAGCUGAUGUAAGGAGGCAAAAAAAGAAGAAGCGGAAACUACCCAUUUUUUCUCGGUCAUCCAAUUUGCGCUUCACUGGGGAAAGUUAAGAUUGCCUGUCUGAGAGAUUUCAUAUCAAGUUCCAAUUCCCUCGCUUCAGAAGCAUUAAGAUAAUCUGAAGCCAUGGAUGGGAUUCUUAUCAGUCUCUGUACUCUGAGGUCUCUCUGCUGCUACAAAGGCGUUCCUUUCUCUAAACUAUUUACACUCUUAUGGGCAGGAAUGGUUCAUAAGCAUCGCUCGCCACCCAGACUUGGCUUGUUUGUACUUGAAGAAGCUAGAGAGACCCCAAGGAAAGAAGAGCACUCGGGUUCCACCGGUACUUUGAAAUGAUGAUAUUUUUGUCUUUCUGUCUCCCCAGUCCAGUUGCACCGAGAUUGUGUAACAGCUGUUAUGUUUAUCUGAUUUAAUUCAGUUUAUUCUGAAGUUGAAAGAGAUAUUUGUUGCUGCAUUUUCUUCGUGUGCUCUGUUUACACCUCUCCCUGGGCCCCUCUUUUCGCCUUUUCUCAUCUCUGUCCCUUUUCUGUUCCUUUUGGCUGACGAUGACUGUCUGGCUUUAGCUUGAGAAAGUGUCGGCAGAAAAUAAAGGUUUUGGUUAAUAUCCACCACCCCUCAAUUAUGUGUCGAAUAAUGGAGGGUGGGAAGGGUCCCCUGCUUGAAGCAAACAGGUCCCCUCAGAGCAUCUUUCUCUGUGGAUCUAGGAUGACUCGGCCAUAGUUAUCAGUUGGAUAUAGGGAGGUCCAAGGGGUAACGGAUGCGACCACCCUUUGCUCCGAGAUAUCUGGACAAUAUUGAGGAAUGGAGGGACCUUUCAGGCCAAGCAUGUCUUUCGAAAAGCCAACGGAGCUGCGAAUUGAGUGGCUGUUUAUGUGGCCAGUUAUUCUGGUAGUACCUUGUGGGCUGGAGGUGAGGAAUUGCCCUGGGCACUCCGAGGCAUUUUGUUUUCUGAUUUUAUUGAGUACAUUUGUACUCGUCAGUAUGAUCUAUCGCUUUAGCGCAAAAAAAAAAAAGAAAAAAAGAGAAAAAAAGCGCAUCUGUCUGUGAGAAGAGCACGUCAGAAUUCUGAGAUGCCAUUGCUCUUUCUUUCACACAGGGCGAUAUGUUCGAAGCAAAUUAAAAGAGGUUUACGUGGUAUUGAAGGCCAACAGCACCUCUCCAGCUGUUGAUGCUGCCAGCUCGCCUUCAGAAAAAGAAUAACCUUAUCUGUGUGCAGCUCUGUUGUGCUCUGUGGCUCUCACUUGUCCCCUGCUGCCGGCCAGCGAUGGAUAUGGAUGUCGAUCCAGAAAUUGGUAGGAGAUACUGGCUCUCUUGUUCAGAGAUCUAGUGGCUGUUGGGUCUAACUUCUGUUCAAGAUAUAAUUACAGAUUUAUAGUUCGGUUACCUUGUGUCAGGAUCUAAAGUAGUGCAUGCAUAGUAUGGAUGACUUAGUUAUUGGCACAAGAAUUUUCCUCUUUUU